CAUUAUAUUCGUCAAUGUUUUGUUGUUCAUGAGAAAGCAUUGAAAUAGUUCAAUCACCAUUCCUUAGCUCAUUGCUUCAAAUCCUCAGUCAAGCGCAUUCAAAACUCAAAUCCGAAUCAAAAUUUGGAAGUGAGAUUCGCGAUGGAGAGGCUUCAGCGAAUGUUCGCAGGUGCAGGUGGAGCGCUAGGGCACCCUCCCCCAGAUUCCCCAACUCUCGAUUCCUCCGAGCAGGUCUACAUCUCCUCUCUCGCGCUCCUCAAAAUGCUCAAGCACGGGAGGGCCGGGGUUCCCAUGGAGGUGAUGGGCUUGAUGCUGGGAGAGUUCGUGGACGAGUACACCGUUCGUGUAGUUGAUGUAUUUGCAAUGCCGCAGAGUGGCACUGGUGUUAGUGUUGAAGCCGUUGAUCACGUUUUUCAGACUAAUAUGCUUGAUAUGCUCAAGCAAACUGGACGACCAGAGAUGGUUGUCGGCUGGUACCAUUCGCAUCCUGGUUUCGGCUGUUGGCUCUCUGGUGUUGACAUCAAUACGCAACAGAGUUUUGAGGCUUUGAAUCAGCGUGCAGUGGCUGUGGUUGUAGAUCCAAUACAAAGUGUUAAAGGCAAAGUGGUGAUUGAUGCUUUUCGAUUGAUCAAUCCACAGACUAUGAUGCUUGGUCAAGAACCAAGGCAGACAACAUCCAAUCUGGGACAUCUGAAUAAACCAUCGAUUCAAGCAUUGAUCCAUGGGUUGAACCGGCAUUACUACUCCAUAGCCAUUAACUACAGGAAAAAUGAACUUGAAGAGAAGAUGUUGCUUAAUCUCCACAAGAAGAAAUGGACUGAUGGUUUGACACUUAGACAUUUUGAUACACAUUCCAAAACUAAUGAACAGACUGUACAGGAAAUGCUGAGCUUAGCUAUCAAAUAUAACAAGGCUGUUCAAGAGGAAGAUGAGCUGCCUCCAGAAAAGCUUGCAAUAGCUAAUGUGGGAAGACAAGAUGCAAAGAAGCACCUUGAAGAGCACGUCUCAAAUUUGAUGUCUUCCAACAUCGUUCAAACUCUCGGAAUGAUGCUUGAUACUGUUGUCUUCUAGAGUUGUUAUUUUGGACCUUCUGGUUUCUCUAGCAUGGUAAGGAUGCAAAUUGAGUUGUUAAAAUUCCUGUUUCCUAAUUCUUCUCAAACCAUAUUUGAAGACACUAGACAGAUAUAUUCUUUGGACGAGCUGAAAAGGUCAAGAAAGUAAAACUCAACACAUAGUUUGUGUGGGUGUCUCCCUAAGUAUUACUUCUUUAAUGUUUAUUGCCGGAUUUAUCUUCUAUAAAA